GAUAACUGUUGUUAACUAUUUUGACGAAUGUAAAUCUGCUGAUAAUCGAAAAUUUGCCAUACAUACUGCGAUGAAAAUACCGGAAUAGCUGUUGACAACAGCUGUAGUAGAAUAUUAUCUCAGAAGAACUUUGCAUCUAGUUCUAUUUCUAAAUCAGCUGAAUCUUGCUGCUGCUGGCACCAUGGAAGGGACUUCAGCAUUCUACACUGAUAGUGACACUGUCCUAAGAAAGACAUUGAACAAACCGUCCAGCCAGACACCGCAGGAUCAGAUCUCUGUUGUGUAUGAGUUGGAAAGAACUCUCCACUGGGUUCAAGAAAAUGGAUUUAAAAGGGUUGCCUUACAAUUUUCUGAUGAGUUGAUGGGUGAUGCUGUUGCCGUUUCAACAUCUCUGGAGAAGUCUGUCACAGCUGGAUGUUCAGUGUUCAUUCUAGGGGACACUUCAUAUGGCAGCUGUUGUGUUGAUGAAGUUGCAGCCCAGCACUUCAACGCUGACUGUCUUGUGCACUAUGGACGCUCUUGUCUCAGCCAGCCGUCGACGAUGCCCGUCAUGUUCGUGUAUGGUCGGUUGCCCCUUGACGUGAAUAAUUGCGUCAACGAGUUUCGUCUUUUGUACCCGGAAACUGGGGCUAGAGUGAUUGUCAUGUACGAGACUGUCUACCAGUAUGCUUGUGAUGAAAUAAUGAAUUGCCUAAGUCAGACAUAUACAAAUUUGGUUUUGAGCAACUUAGGUCCCAGUGACUCAGAGGUGAAUGCUAAUGUUAAAACAGUGUACAAAUGUGGAAGAUCUGUAUUUCUACCUGAUGAUGCCACCCUAGAUGACUAUUCGGUAUUCUUUAUCGGGGUUGAAAGCUUGACUUUUACGAAUAUCUUGUAUAAUUUCCCAGGGUGCCAGUUUUAUUCAUAUAACCCAAUGACAAAAACUGGUAGAAAAGAAAGUGUCAAUGUUAACAAAAUGUUAAUGAAAAGAUAUUACUUAGUAGAAAAAGCAAAAGAUGCAAAAAUUGUUGGAAUUUUAGUGGGAACACUAGGCGUUUCAAACUAUUUAGAAAUCUUGGACAGGCUUAAGGUGCUAAUUAAGAAAGCUGGGAAGAAGAGUUAUGUGUUUAUAGUUGGGAAGAUAAAUGUUGCCAAGCUCGCCAACUUCAUGGAGAUAGAUAUGUUUGUGUUGAUUGCCUGUGCCGAGAAUUCGUUGCUGGACUCAUCAGAGUUUUAUCGGCCCGUGGUCACACCUUACGAAAUGGAACUAGCAUGUAACACAGAGCGGAAAUGGACUGGGGAAUACCCCACAGAUUUUCAUCAACUUUUAGAAGGGGGUAACCACUUCAAGCCUAUCCCUGACACCCUCGUCACAGAUGACACUGAUAUCUCCUUGGUAACAGGGAGGCUGCGCUUCACGGGGCUCGGAGAUGUGGAAGCGGGAACUGCAGUCAUGGUGCGCGACGACUCACUCACUGUGGCUACCCAGGCAGAAAGUGCUGGAGAAUACCUGGGAAUGCGAUCAUGGCAAGGUCUUGAACAGAAACUAGGGGAAACCCCUGUUACCAAGGCAGUAGAGGGGCAGAGGGGUAUUGCCAUGGGAUACAGUACUGAGCCCAGUAUACUGGAGUAGAACAAGGGUUCAAAGGGGUAUUGCCAUGGGAUACAGUACUGAGCACAGUAUUCUGGAGUAGAACAAGGGUUCAAAGGGGUAUUGCCAUGGGAUACAGCACUGAGCCCAGUGUACUAGAGUAGAACAAGGGUUCAAAGGGGUAUUGCCAUGGGAUACAGUACUGAGCACAGUAUUCUGGAGUAGAACAAGGGUUCAAAGGGGUAUUGUCAUGGGAUACAGCACUGAACCCAGUAUACUAGAGUAGAACAAGGGUUCAAAGGGGUAUUUCCAUGGGAUACAGCACUGAACACAGUAAACUGAAGUAAAAACAAGGGUUCAAAGGGGUAUUGUCAUGGGAUACAGUACUGAGCCCAGUAUACUGGAAUAGAACAAGGGUUCAAGGGGGUAUUGUCAUGGGAUACAGUACUGAACCCAGUAUACUGGAGUAGAACAAGGGUUCAAAGAAAAAAUAGAUAAAAUAUUUAUAUUUGAAAUAAAAUAAAUGAAAUUAAAAUUUAAUUACAAAGAUCAUAUAUUGCAAAAUCGUAUUCAAGUUUAAAUAUUAUUUGAUGAACAAUUUAUUAUUAUUAUUCUGGAAAUAGCAACUACUACGAAAGAUCCAAUAUAAUAACAUAAGUAUUUAACACUCUUCAUGAACAGCUCUCUAAGAUCUUAGCUUAGUAACAAAUUCGUAAGACUGCUGAAAAGUUAUGAUCCUGCUGUACCAGAAUACCUAAGAAUGCAACAUCGUUAUCUAUUCCCCAAUCUAUUCAUAAAUAAGGCUGUAAAUAUAUUCAUAACGUACAACGUAUUCAAUAAAGAGUAACACUUAGUACAAGGUUAGUAAUCUCUGCCCACAAAAAAAGUUCAAGAACAAAAUCUUUUAUCCUGACUCGGCAACUUUCAAGAAGGUUACGACUAACCUGUAAGAUCUGCACUCAGAUAAUAUUUAACACCCACACGGGUUAAAGUAUAGACUGGGCUUAGUGGUAUAUCCCAUGGCAGUGCUGUACAUUCAUGGGCAGACAUAUUGUUUUGGCCCUGUCUGGCAGUCCGUCCGGCAGUCCGUACGUCACACUUCCUUUCCGCUCAAUAACUCUAAAACGCUUAGACCCAGGAACUUCAUACUUGGUUUGCUAGUUGGUCAUGACUAGUAGAUGACCCCUAUAGAUUUUGAGAUCACAAGGUCAAAGGUCAAGGUUGCCAUGACCUUGAGUUGAAGAAACGUUUCCGCUCACUAACUAAAGAUCCUUUGUGUCCAGGAACUUUAUACUUGGUAUGCUGGUUGUUUAUGACUAGUAGAUGACCUCUACUGACUUUGAGAUCAGUAGGUCAAAAGUCAAGGUCACCGUGACCUUGAGGUGAAGAAACGGUUUCGGCUAAAUAACUCAAGAACGCUUGCACCCAGGAACUUCAUACUUGGUGUGCUAGUUGGUCAUGACUAGAAGAUGACCCCUAUUUAUUUUGAGAUCAGUAUUUCAAAGGUCAAGGUCACCGUGACCUUGAGUUGAAGAAACGGUUUCUGCCAAUAACUAAAGAACGCUUUAACCCAGGAACUUUAUACUUUGUAUACUAGUUGGUCAUGACUAGUAGAUGAACUCUAUUGGUUUUGAGAUCAGAAAGUCAAAGGUCAAGGUCCCCAUCAAGGUCGCUGACAUUACCUUCAGGUAAAAUGUUGGCGGUAAUCUUAAGCUUAAAAAUGGUUUCUGCUCAAUAACCAAUAGAACGCUUGUACCCAGGAACUUCAUGCUUGGUAUGCUAGUUGUUCAUAAUUAGUAGAUGACUCCUAUUGAUUUUAAGAUAAGUAAGUCAAAGGUCAAGGUCACCCUGACCUUGAGGUGAAGAAACGGUUUCCACUCAAUAACUAAAGAACACUUGCACCCAGGAACUUUAUACUUUGUGUGCUAGUUGGUCAUGACUAGUAGAUGAACCCUAUUGAUUUUGAGAUCAGUGGGCCAAAGGUAAAGGUCGCCGUGACCUUGAGGUGGAGAAACAGUUACGGCUCAGUAAAUAAAAAACGCUCGCACCCAGCAACUUCGUACUUGGUAUGCAAGUUGGUCAUGACUAGUAGAUGACCCCUAUUGAUUUUGAGAUCAGUAAGUCAAAGGUCAAGGUCCCAGUAGAUGUUCACUAUUUAAUACGGGUGAAUAAACCAAACUUCACUGUUGAUUUGUCUCCAGUUCAAAAUUUCAUUUCCAUCAUUUAUUUUUUCUCAGCCAGGACCACACAAUAGGGGAGACAAGCAUUGUGACCUAUUGUGACCUUUCUAAUAAAGAGUUUUUCUGGUUAUCUUACAGUUUUGUCUUCUGGUUGUGUUUACCUGGUACCUCUCAAUGAGAAUUGAAAAAUGAAUUUGAGUUUCGCUUUUCCCAGUUGGUACGAAAACCAACAUACGUAACAACACCAAUCCGUAACACUUCGGGAUUAUUGCCAUGGGAUACAGCACUGAGCCCAGUAAACUGGAGUAGAACAAGGGUCCAAAGGGGUAUUGCCAUUGGAUACAUCACUGAGUCCAGUAUACUGGAGUUGAAGAAGGGUUCAAGGGGGUAUUGCAAUGGGAUUCAGCACUGAGCCCAGUAUACUGGAGUAGAACACGGGUUUUCAAGGGGGUUCUAUGGGAUGCAGCACUGUAUACAGUAUAAUGGAGAAGAACAAGGGCUCAAGGGGGUAUUUCCUUGGGAAACAGCACUGAGCCCAGUAAACUGGAGUAGAACAAGGGUUCAAAGGGGUAUUGCCGCCAUGGGAUAAAACACUGAACCAAUAAACUGGAGUAGAACAAGGGUUCAAAGGGGUAUUGCCAUGGGAUACAACACUGAACCCAGUAUACUGGAUAAGAACAAGGGUUCAAAGGGGUAUUGCCAUGGGAUACAACACUGAACCCAGUAUACUGGAGUAGAACAAGGGUUCAAAGGGGUAUUGCCAUGGGAUACAACACUGAACCCAAUAUACUGGAGUAGAACAAGGAUUCAAAGGGGUAUUGCCAUGGGAUACAACACUGAACCCUGUAUACUGGAUAAGAACAAGGAUUCAAAGGGGUAUUGCCAUGGGAUACAACACUGAACCCACUAUACUGGAGUAGAACAAGGGUUUUAAAGGGGUAUUGCCAUGGGAUACAGCACUGAACCCGAUUAAGGGAUUAGAAUGAAUGUUUUAAAGGGGGUAUUGCCAUGGGAUACAGCACUGAACCUAAAAUAAUUGAUAAGAAUAAGGGUUUUAAGGGGGUAUUGCAAUGGGAUUGAGCACUGAACCUAAAAUAAUGGAUUAGAACAAGGGGUUUAAGAGGGUAUUGGAAUGGGAUACAGCACUGAACCUAAAAUAAUGGAUUUGAACAAGGGUUUAAGGGAGUAUUGUCAUGGAAUACAGCACUAAACGCAGGGUAGUGGAGUAGAACAGAAGUGUUAAAAGGCAUCAAUGUCAAUCACUUCUGUAUCAAGGCAGUAAAGUGACAGAGGGGUAUUGCCAUGGGAUACAGAACGGAGCCCAGUAUACUGGAGUAGAACAAGGGUGUAAUUGAAAAUGGGGCAGAGUGGUGUUGCCAUGGGAUAUAGUUCUGAACCCAUUACUGGUGUAAACAAGGGUGUAAACAAUAGAAGCAGAGUCAGUGUUGUUUGAUUCAGUAGUCCAUCAGUUGAAUAUGUUUUAUAACGGUAAAAAGAAAAAAAGAGUAGGAAAUGUGAACAUAACUCAACCACUUGAACACACCACUUUGCUAAUAUGAAGAACAGAUAAAAUGAAUGACGCAUGUACAGUGUUAUCUGUUAUGUAAUCGUUAUAGUUGUUAUAAAUUCUUUGUAAAUAAAAAAU